AUCAAAAUUACAUUAAUAAAAAUGAAAAGUGCUCAUUUCAUCCUAGCAUUAUCUCUCUUGUCUCUGGCUUCCCCAUUUGCCUAUGCCUCUGAUCCUAGCCCUCUCCAGGACUUCUGCGUAGCCAUCAAUGACCCCAAGGAUGGAGUGUUUGUUAAUGGCAAGUUCUGCAAGGACCCCAAGCUUGCCAAAGCAGAAGACUUCUACUAUUCAGGCCUCAACAUUGCCAGAAACACAUCAAAUCCAGUGGGAUCGACUGUGACUCCAGUCAAUGUUGCCCAAAUACCGGGUCUCAACACUCUUGGCAUCUCAUUGGUUCGAAUUGACUAUGCACCAAAUGGAGGCCUCAACCCCCCUCACACUCACCCUCGUGCCACUGAAAUCCUACUCGUUGUGGAGGGCACACUAUCCGUUGGCUUCGUGACAUCCAACCCCGAAAAUCGUCUCAUUACAAAGGUUCUAUACCCUGGAGAUGUUUUUGUUUUUCCCAUUGGUCUCAUUCACUUUCAGUUCAAUAUUGGGAAAACCAAUGCUGUAGCCUUGGCUGGUUUGAGCAGCCAGAAUCCGGGUGUCAUUACAAUAGCCAAUGCAGUGUUUGGAUCAAAUCCUCCCAUUAAUCCUGAUGUUCUUGUCAAGGCUUUUCAAUUGGACAAGGAUGUGGUGAAAAAUCUUCAGUCCAAAUUCUGGUGGGCUAACAAUUAAGGCGUGCACCUAUAAACUAUAUCUUCAUCUGUACUUGGAUUCAAGUUGGUCUUUUGUUUGGAAUAAAUUUUCACCUGUUUCUGUUUAUUC